UUUUAGACCCCCGUGGUAAAUUCCAACCCCUUCGUAGACACUGACAACGAUCCAACCCGCUUCUCUGAGUACACCGCCGGAGUUAUCAAAUUUCAACAACGCCGGGAUCCGAUGUCGGAGACUGCACGUCGGAAAAUUCUCCCCGCCGGAAAUUCAUCGGCCGUGGCUUGUUCAAAGGAUACCUCUAUUGUAGUUGUAGUGCUAGAAACUGGUGAAGUAUACAUUGUUACCAGCUUGUCAACCAGGGAUGACACCCAGGUGAUUUAUGUUGAUCCAACAACUGGAGCACUAUGUUACAAUGGAAAGCUGGGACAUGACCUUUUCAUUUCUGAAGAAGCUGCUUUGACCUAUCUCACAGAUGGGUCAAGGUGGCUCUGCAAGAGCACAACUUAUGCCAAGGCAAUACUGGGUUAUGCAGCUUUGGGGAACUUUGGAUUACUUCUAGUUGCCACCAAACUGACUCCCUCCAUUCCAGAUUUGCCUGGUGGUGGGUGUGUAUAUACUGUGACUGAGAGUCAGUGGAUCAAGAUUCAACUUCAAAAUCCUCAAUCACAGGGUAAAGGGGAAAUCAAGAAUGUUCAAGAAUUGGCUGAGCUCGACAUUGACGGGAAGCACUAUUUCUGUGAAACGAGGGAUAUUACUCGACCUUUUCCAAGCCACAUGCCUUUGCAGAAUCCAGAUGAUGAAUUUGUUUGGAAUGGUUGGUUUUCAGGUCCUUUCAAAGAAAUUGGGCUGCCACAACAUUGUGUUGUACUUCUCCAGGGGUUUGCAGAGUGUCGAGGCUUUGGAUGCUCAGGUCAGCAAGAGGGGAUAGUUGCACUUACAGCUCGUCGUAGCAGAUUGCACCCUGGUACUCGUUACCUGGCUAGAGGGCUGAAUGCGUGUUUCAGCACAGGAAAUGAAGUGGAAUGCGAGCAACUUGUAUGGUCUCCUAGAAGGACAGGCCAAAGUGUUCCUUUCAACACAUACAUUUGGCGACGAGGUACCAUACCAAUCUGGUGGGGUGCAGAUUUAAAGCUCACUGCUGCUGAGGCAGAAAUUUAUGUAAAAGAUCGAGAUCCUUACAGAGGAAGUUUGCAAUACUACCAGAGAUUAAGUAGGAAAUAUGGUUCAAAGAAGUCAGAUGCAACCAUCGUGGCCAAUCAGAAGAAAAAUCCCCUGGUUCCUAUUGUAUGUGUCAAUUUGCUUAGAAACGGUGAGGGGAAGUCUGAAGCCAUUUUAGUUCAGCAUUUUGAGGAAUCCUUAAAUUAUAUCAGAUCGACUGGGAAGCUGCCAUAUACCCGAAUACAUUUGAUAAAUUAUGACUGGCAUGCAAGUGUAAAACUUAAAGGUGAGCAGCAAACAAUUGAGGGGCUCUGGAAGCAUCUCAAAGCACCCACAUUAACUGUUGGCUUUUCUGAAGGGGAUUAUCUGCCUUCUGCACAGAGGCUUAAGGACUGCCAAGGUGCAGUCAUCUGUAAUGACGACGUUGAGGGAGCCUUUUGUUUAAGGUCACUUCAAAAUGGGGUGAUACGGUUCAACUGUGCUGAUUCUUUGGAUAGAACAAAUGCGGCUAGUUAUUUUGGGGCUCUCCAAGUUUUUGUAGAACAGUGUAGGAGGCUUGGGAUUUCCCUUGACAGUGAUUUUGCUUUUGGUUUUUCAUCGAUGAGUAAAUAUUCAGAGCAAGGUAAUUAUGGUGGAUAUACUGCACCUCUGCCACCAGGGUGGGAGAAACGUUCUGAUGCAGUAACAGGAAAGACAUAUUAUAUUGAUCACAACACACGUACCACAACCUGGGAGCAUCCAUGCCCAGAUAAACCAUGGAAGAGAUUUGAUAUGAUGUUUGAUGAGUUUAAGAGAUCAACAUUACUGCCUCCUAUAUCUCUACUUGCAGAGCUUUUCUUACUUGCUGGCGACAUCCAUGCAACACUCUAUACUGGUUCUAAAGCUAUGCACAGCCAUAUCCUCAACAUAUUUAGUGAUGAUGGUGGAAAGUAUAAACAGUUCUCUGCUGCUCAAAAUAUGAAGAUCACUCUGCAGAGAAGAUAUAAAAAUGUGCUUGUUGAUAGCUCCCGUCAGAAGCAGUUGGAGAUGUUUCUAGGGAUGAGGCUCUUCAAGCACCUCCCAUCAGUUCCAAUUCAUCCAUUGAAAGUAUUGUCACGCCCAUCUGGAUGCUUCUUGAAACCAAUUGCGAGCAUGUUUCCAAAUGAAAAUGGUGGAGCUAAUCUUCUCAGUUUCAAGCGAAAAGAUCUAAUAUGGGUUUGCCCCCCAGCUGCAGAUGUUGUUGAGCUUUUUAUUUAUCUUGGUGAGCCUUGCCAUGUUUGUCAGCUUCUUCUCACUAUUUCGCAUGGUGCACAAGAUUCAUCCUUUCCAGCGACAGUUGAUGUUAGGACAGGAUGCAAUUUAGAUGGGCUUCAACUUGUCUUAGAGGGUGCUUCUAUACCUCAAUGUUCAAAUGGUACAAACCUGGUCAUACCUUUAACAGGCCCAAUCAGUUCAGAGGAUAUGGCGGUUACUGGUGCAGGUGCUCGCCAUCAUUCUCAAGAAAAGCCUAAUCUUUCCUUGUAUGAUUUUGAAGAAUUGGAGGGAGAAUUUAACUUUUUGACUCGUGUGGUUGCACUUACAUUCUAUCCUGCCAUUCCUGGAACCCCUAUUACUCUUGGUGAGAUGGAGGUGCUUGGUGUUUCUCUUCCUUGGAGGAGCAUAUUUACUAAUCAAGGACUUGGUGCAAAAUAUAUUGAGCUAGUCCAAAACCGUCAGAAAGAGACAACAAAUCCAUUUCUGUCUGGUUCUGAUAUCGAUCCACAUGAGGUUACAUCUUUGCCUAAUGAAAAUAAGUUAUCAUCAGCUCAACCAAGUGUGCUUGUCAGCCAUGGAGUAGACCUUCUCACUGGGGAUUUGUUAUUUUCUCAGUCUAUUAAUGAACCAGAGAUGCCACAGGCAACAGAAAAUGCUGGCUUUGGAGCAAUGGGCUUGAUUGAUUUCUUUGGUGAUUCUGUUAUUGAUCAUCGGAAUUCAGAAGCAGCCAAGUUGUCCACGCAAGAUGAGACACCUAAAGAUGCCAAUAGUGUCCAACAUUACAUAAAUUGCUUUAGAAGCUUGUGCGGUCCAAAUAUGGAAAAGGUGAUGGACUUUCUUGAAGCCAUGAAACUUGAAGUUGAGCGAUUUCGUUUGAAUCUUUCUGCUGCUGAAAGAGAUAGAGCUUUGUUAUCAAUUGGUACUGAUCCUGCAACGGUGGAUCCAAAUGGACUACUUGAUGAUGCCUACAUGGGAAGAUUAUCCAAAGUUGUAAACAUUCUUGCAUUGCUGGGACAGGCUGCAUUUGAAGAUAAGAUGACUGCUUCCAUUGGUCUUGAGACUGUAGAUGAUGACGUUAUAGAUUUCUGGAACAUUGCUAGAAUUGGAGAAACCUGCUUUGGUUCCAUUUGUCAAGUUCAUGCGGAAAUGCAGCCAACUGCUCGAGUACCUUCUGGGGUCCCUUCUGUAGGAGAUUCACCAUUGCUUCUGGUUUGUUCCAGUUGCAAAAGAAAGGUAUGCAAAGUUUGUUGUGCUGGAAAGGGAGCUAUUCUGCUUGCAGACUAUAAUUCAAAGGAGGUGGCAGGCUUUAAUGGCUUCUUGAGCCAGAGUGGGGGAUCUAGCCAUGGUGGUCAAAGGGAGGGGAUGCCUGUUAAUGCAGAUGGUGUUAUCUGUAAAUUGUGCUGCGAUGAAGUUAUUCUUGAUGCACUGUUUGUCGACUACAUCCGGGUCUUGAGCAGCGCACGGAGAAGAACCCGUGCAGACAAUGCGGCAUAUAAGGCUUUGGAUCAGGUGAUAGGAUUUGCCUCAAGUAAUUUUAUUUCCGAAGUAGGCAGAAAGACUCAUCAAGGUGUUGAAGCCAACAAGAACUGGUUCGAUAAAUUACUUAAUGGAAUGGAAUCACUUGCUGAUUUUCCACAUGCGAGCUUACUGCAUUCGGUUGAAACAGCAGCUGGUUCUGCACCAUUUUUGUCAUUGCUCUCUCCAUUCAACACUGGAUCACAAAAUUCUUACUGGAGAGCUCCCCCUAGGAUUUCUUCGGUUGAGUUUGCUAUUGUUCUUGGCAGUCUCGCUGAUGUCUCUGGCAUUAUCUUACUUGUUAGUCCAUGCGGCUAUUCAUCAUCUGAUUGUCCCAUUGUGCAAGUUUGGGCCAGCAACAGGAUCAGUAAGGAAGAGCGUACAUGCAUAGGGAAAUGGGAUGUCCAAUCCCUAAUUGCAUCUUGCCCUGAACUUUGUGGACCAGAAAAGUCUGGUGAAGAUAAAGAUGUCCCGAGGCAUGUGAAAUUUCCCUUCCGGAAUCCUGUCCAAUGUCGGAUUAUAUGGAUAACAUUAAGUCUACGGCGUCUUGGUUCAAGUUCUGUUAGCUUAGAGAAACAGUAUAAUCUUCUUUCUCUAGAUGAGAAUCCCUUCUCUGAACUUGGUCGUCGUGCUUCUUUCGGAGGGGCAGUUGAAAGUGAACCUUGCAUUCAUGCCAGAAGGCUUCUAGUUUAUGGAAUGCCUUGGAGAAAAGAUUUUGGACCUGAUACAUCAAUUCAAGGCUCUGACAAGAUAAAUAUGAGAGCUUGGUUGGAGAGAGCUCCACAAUUAAAUCGAUUCAAAGUUCCAAUUGAGGCUGAAAGGUUAAUAGACAAUGACCGUGUCUUGGAACAGUAUUUAUCACCUGCUUCACCUGGGCUAGCCGGAUUUCGUCUGGAUGCUUUUAGUGUGAUAAAACCUCGCAUUACUCAUUCUCUGCCUUCUUUGGAUUCCAGUAUCUGGGAUGCUUCUUUAACAUGUAUAGAAGAUAGAAACAUCUUGCCUGCAGUUCUAUUUAUUCAAGUAUCUGCGCUCCAGGAAUCCAACAAUGUGGUAACAGUUGGGGAGUAUCGGUUGCCGGAAGUGCGAGCAGGAACACCUCUCUACUUUGAUUUUCCGAGACCGAUUCAGGCUCGUCGUGUCAGUUUCAAACUGCUUGGAGAUUUGACUGCCUUUGCAGAUGAUCCAACGGAGCAGGAUGACUCGGAUUUCAGAACUGUCCAACUGGCAAUGGGGCUGUCUCUGUCCAAUAAAAUCAAGUUGUAUUACUAUGCCGAUCCCUAUGAGCUUGGGAAAUGGGCCAGCCUCUCCGCAGUGUGAUAUUUGUUGUUUGUAUUGUAUGCAUGAAAUGAACAAAUGAAGGAAAGGGGUUUGCGCUUGGUGAUCAUUAAUGUGUGUUAGGCUGUAAAAAUGAUGGAUCUCAUUCCUAUUUUUUCAGUGUAUCAAAUGGUAAUUCAUCCAUUUAUGAUUGUUACCGAUGUUUUGUAUGUACGGAAAGGAAGAGACUGGUCCCUUUCACCAUUCAGUGUGAAUUUGACAUGCUAA